GAGAAAUUUAUCCAUUCUCCAUCCCACAUGCUUCUGCUAUCUCCCAUCGAAUCCCAUCCAGCCAUCAUUCGGUAAGCCCAUCGGUAACAGCGAGCAUCCCAUCGUCCCUGAGUUUUCGGGGAGAUGGAGAAUAUCCCGCAAGUAUGCUUGUGACGGGGCCAUGACCAUCACCGGCCGAUGAAGACGUUCUCUCCAUCAAUCCACAGCUCAGAAUGAGAUAAUUUCGCUACCCGAACACGACAGCCAAUAGUUGCUUUCUGAACACGCCCGGACUGGGGAGCAUGCGAGAAAAAAUGGAAUCCCUGGACUAUAGCAUCCGCCAUUCAUUCGAUACAACUCCACUAUCACGAUGUCUGCAACUGUCACUGUAGCCAGUGUGGCCAGUGCUAUCGCCAGCACUGCCGCUUCCGCCUACUUCGAUGACUUUGCCGCCAAUUCUACAACCUCCGGCCAUGGCUCCUCUGCCAAAAGCGCCAAAAGCUCGAAAAGUACCAAAAAAAAGGUCAAACCCUUCUACAAAGACUACCAAGUCUGGAUGUGGUGUACGGUGUGCGCCGUGAUUGGCCUCCUUGCUAUCUACUCCGCCUUUCAGCUGCUUCAGAGGUGGCGCCGUCAGCGGAAAGCCCCUCUCAGUCAGGAGGAGGCUGCUAGGAAAAGACUCAAGCCUUGGGCGGCCACCGUGGCAGGGGCCAGGAACUGGAUGGUUGCUACUGGUUUUCCUUCCUGGUUGUACGCACCGGAGACAGUCGCCGACGCCCUGUGGACUUGUGCGUAUCUGGUCGUAGCUCUUGCCCUCACCUUCUAUCAAGCCGACACUUGGCCCACUGCCAAGAGUAAGCAGACUGUUGCCAAUGUGUUUGGCAUCAUGGCUUUCGGUCAAAUGCCCCUCAUCAUGUUUCUCGUCAUGAAAAACAAUCCCAUCUCUUGGUUGACCGGUAUUCCAUACCAAAACCUCAAUUAUCUGCAUAGGGCUGGCACUCGCUGCAUCUUCCUGUGGUCUUGGAUACACGUCGGAAUCUCCACUAUCAGGAUAAACCUUGGUAAAGACAGCUGGUCUACCACUUACAUCAUCUGGGGCUGGGUCGCCAUUUCCUCCUUCACGCUGUUGUGGCUGUCAUCUUUCGCCAUCAUCCGACGUCGCAUGCACCAAUUCUUCUUUACCUGUCAUAUCAUCUUUGCUCUCCUCUAUAUGGUCGGUGCCUACCUACACUGGGGCCGUAUGGGCAAAUGGAUCUAUAUGUGCUUCAUCAUUUGGGGCUUCGACCGAGCUGCUCGAUGGGUCCGCACAAUCUGGACCAACAGAUUGUGGACUGCCGGCCGCGGCGAGUGUACUAUCGAGGUUCUAGAAGGGGAUUGCAUGCGCCUUACCUUCAAGCGGUAUGGUUUCACAUGGAAGGCCGGUCAACACAUGUUUGUAUCUGCCCCUCGCGUCUCUAUGGGUCCCGUCGAGACUCAUCCCUUCACCAUCGCGAAUGCUCCCAACGACGAACAUGAGGUCGUGGUUCUUCCCCGAGUUUACGGAGGAUUCACCAAUGAUCUUCUCAAGGCCGUCUCCUCUAGCUCUGACAAAACUAUCCGAUGCUACAUCGAUGGUCCCUACGGCUCUCCCCACAGUUUCGCUUCCUACGACCAUGUCUUGAUGGUUUCUGGCGGUACUGGUAUCGCUCCUUUCACCGCCCAGAUGCUCGAGCUCGUCAACGGCAAGAAGCACGCCCGAACCCAGCUCGUCCGCCUCGUUUGGAUUGUUCGAGACGCCUCCGCUAUUUCUUGGGUCGCUCCCAUCCUGAACCAGGCUGCCGAGCUCCUCAAAGCAAACUCCGGGAAUAUCCAGCUUGUAUUCGACGUCUAUGUUACCCGAGGCUCCAUCCCCGUCUUCCGCAAGACCAGCACCGACGACUUUUCUUUCGCUUCUGGCAGCUCCCAACAAGAGAAGAGGGGACACGAGAGAGAAGCCUUGGGGACAGCCUGUACCGACAACACCUUGGUCGGCGGCGACUAUACUGAGAAGAGCGGUCAAACCACGCCUACCAAGAGUGGAAUGUCGACACCUACCGAGGGCGACCACGACGCUAUCGUCCACCUCCCUGCCGCUCCCAAGGAGCUCUCUUCGACCCUUGCCGACGAGCCAUCCCAUCACAGUAUCCGACAACUCUUGUCCCCCGAAGCAAUGAGCUUCGUUCAUUUCCACAAGGGCCGACCCGACUUGAAGACUAUCAUCGAGAAAGAUGUCGGCACAUGUCCUGAGGCUAUGGCGUACGGAGGUGAGACUGUCUCUGCCCGAUCUUCAAACACUUGCUGAUUUUGGACAUUAGUCUGUGGACCUUUCGGUCUUAUGGAAACUUGUCGAACGGCUCUCAAACAGGCUUCCAACUUUAGUACGGUGCUCAAAGGUCAGACACCCAUUGAUUUCUUCGAAGAGACCUUGGGCCAAUAGGAGGUCGCGGUGGUCUUGAGUAUACCAUAUCCGCUUUCCGGGGAAAUUGAAGUUGGGGAACGAUUGCAAAGCGCUUAUAGAUCUUGCUUAUCUUACGAAUCCUGGGUUAUUUGCAGAGUAGAGUUUCAGGGAAUUUUUGGUAGAACAGACGCAUCAUGUAUUUAAUGAAUUCAA